AUGGAUCUUAAAAUUAUACCUUUGAUGCAGAAGUUGUGCUUGGAUGUUAUUAAGAUAGGACGCAUUCCGAAUCAUAUGGCUCUAAUUCUAGAUGGAAACAGGAGGUUUGCUGCACGGUUUAAUGAAGGAUCUUUAUUUGGAAAUACCAUCGGCUUCGAUAGAUUGUUCGAAGUUAUUAAAAUAACACGAUACCUCGGCGUUCGAUACUGCACAAUUUACAUAUUCAGCAUCGAAAAUUUUAAACGAUCCAAGGAUGAAGUUCAGAGUCUCUUUGAUCUAAUCGAAGAGAAAAUUAUCUAUUUUCUAGAAAACAUCAAUAAGUUAAAGAAGAUGGGGAAUCAUUCUUUGGUUCCGAAGAAAUUGUAUAGCAUGAUGAGCAAGUUGUACUUGGAGACUAGAAUGGGAACAGAUUAUUACCUCAACAUCGCAUUUGCAUACACUUCUAGAGAUGAAAUCGCAUAUUCUAUUAACACGAUUGCCAAUGGCUUGAAAACCAAAGAUUUAACUGAAUUAGACGUUGAUGAAUCUCUUCUGAAUGCUUGUACUUAUUUAGGUGACUUGCCGAAAGUUGAUUUGCUGAUACGGACUUCAGAACCAUCGUGGCUACAGAAGUUUUACAUGAAUGUUUUAAAUAAUGGUCGCAUUCCUAAUCACUUAGCUAUAAUUCUCGAUGGAAACAGAAGAUAUGCGACACGCAUGAACAAAGAAACACAGUUUGGUCAUCGUGCAGGUUUCGAUAGAAUAACCGAAAUUUUUAACUUUACCCGUUACACAGCUGUUCGAUACUGUACAAUAUACAUUUUCAGCAUAGAAAAUUUUAAGCGAUCACCAGAUGAAGUUAAGAUUUUAAUGGAGCUAGCCGAAGAGAAAUUUGAUGAAUUCCUGAUGAAUAUCGAUGAAUUUAGGAAUCUAGGAAUUUGCGUUAAAUUCUUCGGAAAUCCAUCCAUGGUACCAAAAAAUUUGUACAGUACAAUGUGCAAGAUACAAAUGGAAACUAAAAUGGAAACAAAGUAUUUUCUAAAUUUCGCAUUUGCUUACACGUCGAGAGAUGAAAUCACUCACUCGAUUAGCACGAUUUGUAAGGGUUUGAAAUCGGAAGUAAUAACUGAAUCAGACGUUGAUGAAAGUUUACUGAAUGAUUGUACGUAUUUGGGUGAUUUGCCGAAAGUGGAUUUGUUAUUAAGGACGUCGGGUGUUGUCCGUUUGAGUGAUUUCCUUUUACUGCAAAUUGCGGAUGCUCAAAUUAUUUUCAUGGAUUGCACAUGGCCAGAGUUCAGUUUCUUGAAAUGUUUAUAUUGUCUAAUCCAAUAUCAAAGAUGUCAGCAUCUAGUUGAAAAGUCUAAUCAUCAUCAAUCGACUAAAGCCAGUAUGGAAUUUCGAAAGAAAUGCAACGAUGAUAUUUGGAAAAACAUUAAACAUUCAUCAAAGGCAAUAAUCGAUUAACUAUUUCAUAUUGUAAAUUACUUUUAUAGAUUUUCGAGGAAA